GGGUAAAGUGCGCCCCGGUAUCCGCCCAUAUUCGCGUAAAGGAGGCCAACCACAGCUGCUAGGCCCGGGCGCAGGAUCAAAUGGAAAGUUCAAUCGAUUAAUUUGUCCACUUUUUUUCGCAUGUUCCCACUGGCUUCUGUGACGAGGUAGACCGACUUAGAUGCAGCCGUUUUGCUGUGAAGUAGGAAAUGCAGAGAUCGUGUGAGACGAGGGGAUUAUCAGCUUGACUUGUUUGGUCGCUACUUCAGACGCGGAACUCCACUCGCUAAAAGGUGAAUCAUGACAGAAUAUAAGCUGGUUGUGGUGGGAGCUGGUGGUGUUGGCAAGAGCGCCCUUACUAUUCAACUCAUCCAGAAUCACUUUGUAGAUGAAUAUGACCCCACCAUUGAGGACUCUUACAGAAAGCAGGUAGUGAUUGAUGGAGAGACGUGUCUGUUGGACAUCCUGGACACUGCAGGUCAGGAGGAGUACAGCGCCAUGAGAGACCAGUACAUGAGGACAGGGGAGGGUUUCCUCUGUGUCUUUGCCAUCAAUAACACCAAGUCCUUUGAGGACAUUCACCACUAUAGAGAACAGAUUAAGCGGGUGAAGGACUCCGAGGACGUCCCCAUGGUGCUGGUGGGGAACAAGUGUGACCUCCCGUCCCGGACAGUGGACACCAAGCAGGCUCAGGACUUAGCGCGCAGCUACGGAAUUCCCUUUAUCGAGACCUCAGCCAAAACCAGACAGGGUGUUGACGAUGCCUUUUACACAUUAGUGAGAGAAAUCCGGAAGCAUAAGGAGAAGAUGAGCAAGGAGGGCAAAAAGAAGAAAAAGAAGACCAAGACAAAGUGUACACUCAUGUGAAUAAUCACCCCUUUUCAAGAUAGACCUAAAAAAAGAAAGAAAAGAACCUAUGUUGAACAGUUAAAGUAAUACAUUUUGUACAUUACACUAAAUUAUUAGCUCUUUCUCAAUACCUUCUAUACCCACAAAGCUUAAUACUAAACCUGACCUGAUAUUUUUUUCUCUCUGCCUUUUUUUUAUUUGUUACUUUGUCACCGAUAAGCUUUAUUCUCAGUUCAGUGCCAGCUGCCCUCACGUGUUGGUCCAGCCUGUUUGAUUUUUAUAGGAUUAUGAUGUUGAUUUGGAUCAUUUUUAUAUAAAACUGUAGAGCUGUGAGCAAACCCGCGUCACACAGUAGCUCACUUUUGUCAAAUUAUUCAUGAUUAGCUUUUUUUUUGGAUCAUUUUUUUCUCCUUUGCUUAAAAGGCCAUGACCUGCAAACGUCGUGUCAUUUUUUUUUUUUUUUUUUUAAGUAUGGGAUGCCAAAGAAAGAAUUUCCAUCCCGAUUCUCAUAGACAAAAGCGACAUGAGGAAAAGGACCAAGAUUUAGCCAGACGAGAUCCAAAUGUCCCAGCCACUGUCUAAUAUCACUGAUAUAAGUAUGCAUGCAAACUCAUUUUCUUCUCCCAGAUGUUUUAACACCCUAAUUAUCUAUUAAUGAAUUAAUUUACAAAUUGUCAAUGCUUUGUACUGUGUGGGGAGUGAUUUCUUGCCUAUAUGAGAAUUUCUUUUUCUCUUCUUUUUUUUUUUUUUUUGCAUGCAUGUGUCCUACAUAACACGGGUAUUGCAAAAAAAAAACUGCCUUUUGGUGGAGACAUUUAGCAGAGCCUGCAAUGAGGAACUUGGACCCAAGUCUAGCGUGUGUCAGGUUUACACCCAGUCAUUUGUAAUUGCUUUUGCAUGAGAGAGAGAAAUCGACCGCGGUCGGGUCGAUAAACGAGAGGUUCCCGAUGGUCUGGAUUUUUUUUUUUUUUGCUCAUUUUGUGGUCAGAGUCAUUUUUGUGUCGCAGGGACUGAUGCCACGUCACAAGCUGAUGUUGAACGGCUCGUCUCGCCGUCAUGGUUCUGUGCUUCCUGCGUUCUUUACUCCGAGGCUUGACUGCAGGAUCAAGUUCAGAUUCAUUCAAUCAAUGACAAUAAUCAUUUUUGCAGUUUUGUGCUACACGUUUGUAACUAAUUCAUAAAAAAAAAGAACGAAGAAGAGAGGAGUUGACUCGUUGACCUCCUGACAGAGGACACCAUGUUUAAACAGUGUUGUUUGUGAGGUAAAUACAUAAUUUCUUGGAUGUGUGGUUCUCCAGUAGCUGGCCACAGAGGCAACGAGCCUUGCACGUUUUUCCCUACGCUGUUGAUUUGUUCGCUUGUGAAUGGUUAGAAAGCAAAUUCCUGCAAAGUGCAGCUUUCAGGAAUGUUUGUGUUGGUGGUGUCACAGAGGUAGUUCAAAUUCUUCCCCAUGUGUUUUUUUCUUUUCCCCCCUUUUUUGUGAUUAAUCUCCCAAAGUGUUAAAUAUUUCCAUGGCCUGCCUUUCAACAGAAGUGGAGCAGAAUAAUUUGUCAUUUUCUCCCUCUCCCGCUCAACGCUCACGUAUCACGGUGAUGAAACGGGAACUGAUGCUUGUAAAUGAGGCAAUAAUUGCCAUAAAAUUGGUUUUGAGAGGAAAUUGUCCAAAUGUAUUAAAACAAGUCCUCGUUUCUUUCCCCGGGUCAACCCAUAUUUCACCUUUACCGUCGUAUUUACAAGCCGUUCCGUGGGGGAUUUUUAAUUGCCUUUUUAUUGUUUGCAGUAGGUGCUACAUUUAGAUGGUAGAAGGAGCCCGGACAACAUUUACUUUGUCUUGUGUGUAUGCUCAUGAAAUAAAUAAAAAAUACUGUUUUUAGAAGAGUGAUGGUGUUGACACAGAAAAUCCAGACAUGAUACAAUUUUGCUUUCAGGAGUUUUUGACCCAGUUUAUUAUAUUAUUAUUAUUACCUCUUUUUUUCCAUGAAGUAGAUAAUAACUGUUAAUACACUUUUUUAAUUAAGGAACCCUCUUGUUAACAAUACUGUUUCAAAAGUAGUUUUACUGAAAUGUUUGAAUCGUUCCUCUUCCUUUUAUUGCGUGCCAACAGCUGAUUUCUGAAAUGUAUCAUUUUUACCUGGAUCGUAUUUUAACAACCUUUGUAUAGUUGUGAUACUGAAAGGUGCAUAUUUUGUAAAUUGUGCUUCAUUUUGUCGGUGUGUCUAGAUGAAUGUUGCUUUAAUGGAGUGUCACUCCGCUCUGUAUGUGACGACAGUGUGACUGGGUCCAGGUCUAGGGAAGUGAAUGAAUGACCACUUUUACAACACACCUUGUUGUGGGCGAUGUAGAGUGGUAAUCUGAUCUCAAAAAAAAAAAUGAGUCUAUUUUUUGCCAUGAAUCUCACCACUCCUAUUUAAUGUGUAAUAAAGAACAAAGUAAAGAGGAAUUUGACCGUUU